AUGGCAUCAAAUCAACAACAGUCAACUACCAAACCUGAUAUUAAAGUAGGUUUCAGACUUAAUGAUGAAUACGCGGAUACAUUAAUGCCAAGAAUUAGGGAAUUAUUGCGUUGUGAUUCUCAUUCGUCUCAUUCGAAUCGAUUUCCGGGAGCUCAACCAGUUUAUUUAGAGAAAUGUCAUUUCAAAUUAUUGGAAUCAGAGGAAUAUUUCGUACGUGAUAAAACCGAUGGAAAGCGAUACAUAAUGUUCUUCACAGCAGUUGAUGGCGGUACAGCAUUUAUGUUACCGUUAAGGAAUAAUCAUAAUGCAAUACAUAACGAAACAAUGAUGGAUGGAGAAAUUGUGAUGGAAAUUGAUAAUAAUAAACAAAGAUUACGUUACCUGAUAUUUGAUCUUAUGGUUUUGAAUGGAAGUAUUCUCAUAGAGAGACCAUACAAUAAACGAAUGGGUAUGUUAAGACAAGAUGUAAUAGAACCAUUAAAUGCGGUAUUGGAAAGAAAUUCUGAUAUGAAAAAUAAAAUGCCAUUUUCGAUGGAAAUAAAAAGUAUGGAAUUAUCAUAUGGUUUGAUGAAUGUAUUACAAAAGGCACCUUCGUUAAAGUAUGGAAAUGAUGGUUUAAUAUUUGUUCCGGUAAAUCAUCCUUAUCAACCUGAGAAUUGUGAUAAACUUGUAGUUAAAACUGGCAAAGAUAAGAAACCAAUAUAUCAUCUUUUGAUUUCUGAUGAUAAUAAAGAUCGUAAAGAUGAUACGAUAAAUCAUAAAUUUCAUGAUUAUUUAACUUUGGAUCCAAAAUCUGAAGCCGAAUGGCAACGUGAUUCACCUGAUGGUAUCAUUGGUCAAUUUUGGUACGAUAAACAUUGGAAAACUAUAGUUUACGACUCAAAUCCGUAUCCUCGUGACGGUGCUGACACGGAACAAACGUUAGCUGAAGUUUGGCAUAGAAUUCUUUAUUCUGUUCCUAGAGAUACGAUGGAAAUACAAGUAAAUAUCAUAAGAGAUAAUUGGAAACAACGUCAGGCUAAAAAAUCUGGGAAUUCUCGAGUUGUUCCUUCCGCACCAUUUUUACAAACACCCACUAAUUCUCAGACAAGUUACUGUCCUGAACCCGGUCCUUCAUUAACUUCACCAACAACACUUUCCAACAAUAGUAAUCAAUCAACAUCUUUAUCUGAUUCUGUACAACCACCUCCUCAGAAUUCAUGUCAACCUCGAUUUUCUCCAUUUGAUUCAAGUAUUUCAAAUGUUGAACCGUUGGAACGACAAUUAACUUCUGAUCAUCCAUAUUUUGGAAAUUCAAAUAAUAUUUCUCAAGAAAUUAUUACUACCACUUCACCUGAGGGAAAUGGAUGUGAUGUUGGUUUACGACCGUCAAAAAAUACAAAAAAUAUUAAAAAUAUUGGAGUUACUCCUUUUCCUUCAUUUCAAUAUCCAAUAUCAUUAGAUCUUCAAAGUGAUGUUAAUAAUUAUGAACAAAAAGAAGAUUCUUCGAAUGAAGAAAAAGUUCUUGUUACAACUACUACUGAGAAUUUACAAAAUAAUUCGGAUUUAUCGAAAUUACCGGAAAAUUUAUUAUCAUUAGAAAUCAAUGAACGUAAUGUAAACAACAACAAUGAAUCUAAUGAUGGUGAGAAAUCAAAAUCUAAACAACCUUUGUCUGAUAUAAAUGAAAAUAAUAAAGAAGAAUUAAAAGAUCAUAAUGAAUAUGAUAUUCAACCAACUACAUCACCACCUAAACAAACAUUACUUUUACUAUCAUCAUCUCCUCCGCCACAUCCUCCAUCAGCUCCACGAAUAUCUCAUCAAGAACUUCAACCUUUGCCUGACGUAAAUGUUCCAAUAAGAAAUCCUUGUAUUUAUGAUGAUUACAGUUCAAAUAAUGAUGAUUCCGAUUCCGUUGAUUCUCAUUCAGUGAAUCGUCGGAUGUCAUUUAUGAGCACAGAAUCUAUUUUGCCUCGUGAUUUGGACGAAAAUAUAUCCAAACCAAAUUUACCUUUAAUUUCAGAAAAUUCACUUGAUCAUGAAAAUAUUAAUGAUGAAAAUAAUCCUUUACAACUUUUAGUACUUGCUUCAAAUCAACGAGAAAUGGCUGGAAUGAAUAGAAAUUUUAUUCCACCUAAGCAAAAAGAAAUUAAUAAUGAAGCUAAUGUAUUACAACAAUUUUCGGAUAUUGUAUCGGCUCAACGUGCAAUCGAACAUGAUCCGUUACAAAAAUUAUCGGAACUUGCUCUUAGUCAAAAGCCAUUACAAGUAACUUCAAAAAAAUAUACUCGACGGGAAUCUCAACAAGAGAUACAACCUAAAACAAUACAACCAUCUCCCCCCGAACCUAGAUUUCAAAUAAAUGAUAAUCGAAGGCCUCCUUCAGAACCUCGACCACGAUCACGAAAGCCGAGACGAAGAUCACUUGAAUCUCAAAAUGUAAUACAAAAACCUCAAGAUUCUCGAUACAAAAUGAUAGAAAAUACUUCACAACAAGAAUUUCCUAUUCCACUACUACAACAAAAAAAUCGACAAUUGCCGAUACAAAGUGAAUCUGAUAUACCUUUACAAGAAAAUCAAUAUACACGAAGGUAUCAAGAUAAUCAACCGAAAUUACAAGUAGAAUCUCACAAUACUUCGGAUCCUUCUCAAGUUUCGUUACAACCACAAAUGCAACAAUUUCCUGAAUCAAGAUUUACUCACUUGCAUCAAGAAAUUACACCUCAUCAAAUUCAACAACAAUUUAUUGAAUCUCGUCGAGUUCGAACGCAACGAUCUCAAUCAUUUUCACAUGACACGCGACCUCAUAUAAUUCGUCAAGAUCCUAUUUCAAUGCAAGAUAAUAGUUCAUCACAAAUUUUAGAUCUAAUGAGACGAACACAAUUUCCAGAAGUUCGACAAGAAUUUCAAGAAACUGGAACAUUUUCAGAACGAUCAAAAUGGGAUCAAAAUUAA